AUGAGGCAGAGAUGCGACCUUAAAAAGAAGGACGAGGAGACUUUUGACCUCUGCUUGCCUCGUAAAAGGACAUCACGUCCUCCUGUUCCUGCUACUCUGCCCACUCCUCCGACGCAGGGCAGAAAAUUUGUCAUCCGCCGCGUUUGUUUCCCCACCCGCAAAAAUGCAGAGGAGGUGGAAUUUGGGCGGAGAAAUGGUUCAGAGUUGUGUUCAGGCCAGUUCAGCUUCCCCUCAACACACAAUGUUCCGUGGAUUGUCGACGGCAGUUCCACAAGUUCAUGUGCAGAGCAUUCGGCCACCAUGCCACCAUCUCUGAGCCAAACAGAUCCUGGCCAAAUUUCUCUCUGGCCACAAGAGGGCGCAAGCACUCCAUCAGUGGGGCCGGUUCGGCAGCAGCCUCUGUCUCUUCACCCAGAGGCCUGGAUAGAGUGUUCUCCGCACCCGUGGGUCCUCGCAACCGUAACCAGGGGUUACAGGCUUCAGUUUGCUGGAAAACCCCCUCCUUUCAACGGGGUUAUAGCAUCUGUGGCAAACGAGGAUUCGGCUCAGGUGCUGGAGGCAGAGAUAUCCUCCCUCAUGGGGAAGGGAGCUAUAAGACGAGUUCCAGUGGAGGAAACUCAGACGGGUUUUUACUCACGUUACUUUCUAAUCCCAAAGAAAGAUGGGAGUCUGCGCCCAAUACUGGACCUGCGUGCUUUAAACAAGCACUUCAGGAAGUACAAAUUCAAGAUGCUCACAGUAGGAGCUCUCACUCGUUCGAUCCGCGACGAUUGGUUCGCCUCGAUCGAUCUCAAGGAUGCUUACUAUAAGCUUACUAUAAGCAUCUAUCCAGCACACAGGAAAUAUCUCAGGUUUUCCUUUCAGAACGAAGUGUUCGAAUUUGUUACUCUUCCAUUCGGGCUCAGUCUAGCUCCGCGGGUGUUCAGCAGAUGCAUGGAAGCAGCGCUGUCUCCGCUGAGACACAAGGGUCUGCGCAUAUCCGCUUAUCUGGACGAUUACCUGAUAUGCGCCCGCACACGCGAGCGCGCGGAGCGGGAUGCAGAGACUCUUUCGUCUCAUCUCACAAGGCUGGGAUUCAGAAUCAACAACGCCAAAAGCCAGCUGAUUCCGUCCCAGGAGAUAGAGUAUCUGGGCCUGCGCCUAGACUCGGUAACUUACCGCGCCAUGCUUUCGGAGAGAAGGAUUACGGCGUUCGGUCUAUGCCUGACCCAUUUUCGCAAAGGAAACCUGGUCUCGUUCAGAACCUGUCUCCGUCUGAUGGGCAUGAUGGCUUCAUCUCUGUCUGUGAUCCCACUGGGUUUAUUAAAGAUGAGAGAUUUUCAGCGUUGGAUUACCGCGAAGCGCCUGUGCCCGCGCAGGAACCUCGCGCGCAGGGUACGGGUAUCCACGGAGUGUGUGAUGGCUCUCCACCACUGGAAAAACCCCUGCAUAUUCCGAUCAGGGGCUCCGCUGGGGAGCGUGUCUCUGAGAAAAGUCGUCACUACGGACGCAUCCCUAACGGGAUGGGGAGCCGUAUUUCAGGGCAGAUCGGUGAACGGUCGUUGGACACACAGACUGCGCGAGCUUCACAUAAACAUGCUGGAGCUGAUGGCAGUUUUUCUGGCGUUAAAACAUUUUCUUCCAUUCUUGAAGGGUUUUCAUGUUUUAGUCAGGACGGACAACACAACGGUGGUGGCGUACAUCAACCGCCAAGGGGGAACGCGAUCGUUGCAGCUGCACAAUCUAGCGCACAAGCUGAUUGUCUUAUUUGUGGGGGUAAAUGUGGGGGUGGAUCUUCUGUCGAGGGGCAACCCGACGUAUGGAGAAUGGGUUCUCCACCCGCAGGUGGUGAAUCAAAUUUGGGAGAUGUACGGCAAGGCUGCCGUAGAUCUCUUCGCCUCGCGGGCAAACGCAAAAUGUCCGCUGUAUUUCUCUCUCGAGGACGCGGAUGCGCCGUUGGGUGUGGAUGCGCUGGCGCACCCGUGGCCAAACGUGCUGCUGUAUGCAUUCCCACCGUUAAGUCUAAUUUCUCCCACCCUGGACAGAGUAAGAGAAAGCGGGUUGUCUCUCCUUCUAAUAGCCCCCCGUUGGCCGGGCAGGCUGUGGUUGGCAGAGAUCGCUGAACUUCUGCAAGGAGAGCCCUGGCCGCUCCCACUGCGACGGGACCUGCUGUCACAAGCGGGGGCACAGAUAUUUCACCCUCACCCAGAACAAAUCAACCUUUGGGUCUGGCCCGUGAAGGGUUAAAUCUAAAUGCUCUCGGGCUUCCACGGGAGG